AUGAUCAGGGUGCUGCUUUUGGGGGUUGUUGGUGUGGUAAGUUCUGCAUAGCACUGUCUUAGUUACUUGUGGGAAAUAAAAACAGUUUUAAACUGCCAACUUUCAGAGCUUUGGCCAAAUUAUUCGAGAGAUUGAGCGGGGACCGGAGGGCAAUUUGAUCAUAAAUUUGGGAGGGCUUCCGGAACAGCGGUUUGUGUAUCAACAGGACAAUGUGUUUAGAGCGGUAAGUAUUUCUUACUUUUUUUAUUUGAAAAGCAUAUAAAUUGUAAAAUACGGAGUGCUUAAACUGAAUAUUAGUUCUGAAAUAAUGAACGCAAUUUCGCGUAGCUGAGCCGAAAACCAAUUUGAUUUUGCUGCGACACAAUGCAUUUUCUCGACAACGAUGCGAUUUUCGAUGCGACAGAGUGAGUGCUCAUUAUUUUCCCGACAGAAGAUGAGCUUUUCGGCCGGAUAAAACUGAGCUUGAGCUAUAUACAAAUUCAUGUGAAACGAAUGGAAAUAACUGACCUGUACUCUUCGGAUCCUUUUACUCCUUACGAAAGAUCUGUCGAUCGCGCUUUGCAGAAACAUUUUUCUGCUGCUUUGAAAAGGUCUCAAUCUGCCCCCACGUAUUUUUCAACAAAAACCAUCUAUAUUUUUGUCUUUCUACCAUCCCUUUUUACCAUUGUAAUCCGAUAGUAUCCUUUGAGGGACAGACUUUUAUUUUUUUUCAUCAAAAAUUUAUAAAAAAUUUCAACAUUUUGGUCAUUUUUGAAAAUCGCAGGUUAAAAUUUUUGCAAAGCUCUUCGCUGAUAAUACAUAGUCUGUCGGGAAAAUAAUGUGCACAAUUUCAUUGCGUCGACAGAUGACAUUUAUAUUGAUGUUAUUUAUAUUAACCCGCAUUUGAGAAGCUUCCGGCAUUUUUCCAAUUUGACAACAUUUACAUUUUUCGGAUUUCAUAUCGAAUAUCUUGACUACGUGGCAAAAUGCCGAAUUUUCAAGAUUUGUCGAUCAAAAAUCUUCAAAUUUUUUCAAUCACCUUGCCGCCAAACAUACAUUUCUUGAAAAAUCUCCAUUUUCAGCGAGCCCGCGGAGUUGUCAACGAAGACAACCGAAAAGUGCAUGGUCUCGAAAACAUGAAGCACUCCCUUCCCCAGUCCGAGGACUACGACUACGAUCUUUUCGGGCAAAUUACGGAGGUCAACUCCAAGGACGGGAAUAAGCAAAACAAGAAGGCCAAGUCCAACCGCAACGGCGUGAUCGAGCUGCUCUCGCCGAAAGAGGACCAAACGCAGACCGAGCGACCGGUCGCAAAACCUUACAUAGAUGUGGACAUCCCCAACUACGGAGUGAAUCACGAGGCCGCGCUGGGGCCUCGAGACAGUAUUCUGAACGAGUUUGUGACGGCGACGGUCAGACAUGGAGGCUGCAGUUUCAAGGACGAGCCGACGAAAAAUGAAACCGCCAUCGAUGUUCCAAGGGGGACUAGAACCCCGGUAAGUGAAUUGUAGCGUAAUAUGAAAUAUUGGCAUUUUCAUAAAGUGCAUGGACAUUUUCCGUGGGCUUCACCGUGCACAAAAAACCUCAUUGCAACGGCAUUUCAAUUUUUUUUCUUUUUAGUUUUGUACUAUAGGUUCAAAAUGGGUUUUUUCAACUUCUUUCCAAAUUGUGGAAACUUUGCAAAAUAAUUUUUUGACACAAGGUUUAUAGUACACUAAUACAUAUUGGAGCCAAAUAUGGCACAGUUUUAUCAACAACCACAAAAGUUACAGCGAUUUUAAAAGUGCAUUUAUAAUUUUGUCGAGCAGUGCAUGGAAAAGAGAAAAAAUGUCCACGCACUUUAUGAAAAUACUAAUAUUGUAAUUUUUGCCAACUUUUUAACCCUCAGUUUUAACCUGACCCAUUUUCAGCGCCAAAACAUUAUCAACAACGUGGUCUCGCCGGCCGCCUUGAGCGCCACAUACGAACGCAACGGCCAACUUGUUGAGCCCUCCGGCAACGCCGGCCUCCCUCUUCCCGAAUGCUACAGAACACAGCAGGGAAUGUUGUGUUGUAACCGGAUCCUGGAGGAACUGAUUUAUCAAGCCAGCGACUUGAUGGUGAACCGCAACCAAAACAAGUGCAAUAUCGACAUCUACAGCGAGAUUUUGAAGGUAAAUUUUAGGAUUUAGUGGGCCUAGAAAUCAAGAAGGUGAUGAUGUCGGGUCCCUGACAGGAUCCAUGCAUCUUUUUGGUAUCCUUUCGAAUCAAAAUUUUUUCAGAACAUGGCAGAACAGGAGUUCCAAACGACCUUUGAGGUGAUCGCCGCCAACGGCGAUUUCGCCGCCAAAGCCAACUUCAAAGACAAUUUGCUGUGCAAAUCUCUGGUGAACUCCAAGUUUGUCCUCAUCUACGCCACACCAGAGUCCUAUCCAAUCAACCAGAAGAACGUCAAACUACCUCUUACACAGUAA